GUUGUGCCAAUUGGAGUGAGUCGUGUGGAAGUGAGGUGCCGUCUUCUAGUUGUAGUCGUUACUGUGAAUGCGCCUGAAGUAUUAUCAUUUCUUGUGAAUUCAAAACUGCUGUCCGCUGCGAGUGAGGAUCUAUUUAUUGUGUUGCUAUUGCAACUACAUUUAAACAUGAAUAAAUGUCGCAUACAUACAUGUAGACUGCCCAGUUGUUUGGAGCCUGCUUUGUAAACCAACACAUAUGCAGCGUUUUGUCAAUCACGUGCUAUUGCAGUAUUUCGAGGGAAUUAUUUGAAAUUAGGUUUAUUUUCGACGCUCGAACGUGUUGCUGGGGGCAAUGCGCCAAUCCGUCAAGUGUAAUGAAAACGAAGCAGCGUGAUUUGAGAGGACGCUCUUGCAUACGUAGACGAUCUUUGUGCGCGGAUUGCGUCACGGGAUCCCGGAAGGGAGAAAGUGUCAAAAGUGACAACAAAAUGGCCAAAAACAACGCCGACGCGAGCGGACAGCAUUUGUGCACGUUCUGUAUGAUCGCCAGGGGUCAAGACCGAGAAGCUCAAGUUUUAAAAAAGGAUCGGCAGCUGGCGUGUUUCCGGGACGUUUCCCCCGCCGCUCCUCACCAUUACCUGGUUGUCCCCAAACAGCACAUUAAAGACUGCUUGUCGCUGCACAGCGGCCACGCGCCACUCGUGGAAAAGAUGGCCGACGUGGGCCGGGCCGCGCUCCGGGACCAAGGAGUCGCAGACAUGACGGACGUCAGAAUUGGAUUCCAUCAACCGCCGUACACGUCGGUGGAUCACCUGCACCUGCACGUCCUGGCCCCGGCCAGCCAGAUCGCGGGCAGCGCGUUGGUCAAAUUCUUGCCCGGGACGGCGUCCUUCGUAGACGUGCGCGCCGCCGUCUCGCGUCCAGGAAAAAAAACUGAGGGCGCGCCUGCAAAGUGCUCCCGCCCCCGUUGCCGUGCUGCCGAUCAAUGACGUAGAAUAAAAUCAAAUCGUACCUCGUCGCUGCCGACGAGCGCGAGCCGGAAACGUGACCGGACGGAAGUGACGACCUGACGUGUCCGAGUCCGGCCGGCGUGGCGCGGGGGCUCCUCCGAGGAAUCACCAAGUACAGUACAGUUCACUUGUGUUGGAGUUCUACUCCAAUCCAGUUUGUUUGCAAACUUGAGGAAAGACGAGGCGGCGCCUUUCAAUGUGGUGCGCCUGACGUGCACGCUCAUUUUUGAAAUUUGCAAAUGUUGGUUA